AUGUGGCCUUCGUCGAAUUCAACGAUCAUUAGAAAAUCAUUUGAGAAUGAAACUUCUAUUAAUUUAAGUUCAAUAGCAAACACAACAACAAUAACGAGUAUAUCAUUGAUAACAACACUAAUACAAACAAUUGCGGCACCAAAUGAUGUUUAUGAUUCUCGUAUAACAAAACCAUUUGCUGUUGUUUGUCUAUUUGUUGGAAGUAUUGGAAAUUCGUUAUCAUUUAUUGUGUUUACACAAAAGCAAUUACGAAAACAUUCAACAUUUCGUUAUUUAGCUUAUCUAUCAAUUGUGGAUCUAAUUGUUUUGUAUUUAGGCUUAGGAAAUAUUAUAUUACGUGAUUAUUUUUCAUUUGAUAUACGAGUACAAAAUUUAUUUCUAUGCAAAGUUCAUACGUUUUUAACAUAUGUUACAACGCAAUUGUCAUCAUGGAUAUUGACGAUUGUCUCGAUUGAUCGUGCUAUUGCAUGUACAGUAAUACAAUUACAUAGACGUUUUUGUCGACCGAAAUCAGCCGAUCGAAUAUUUUUUACUAUGUGCAUAAUUAUCACGUUAAUAAAUAGUCAUAUUUUAUUAUUCAUGGGCUCCAAACGCACAAUAGCUCAGUCAAAUAUUUAUAAUAUAUCGUCCUAUCAAAAUACUAUCAUAUGUACACAUAAUACAUCAACUACUUAUUUUAAAUUUUUUGAAAAACCUUAUAAUAUAAUCGAUCUUCUAUCUUAUGUACUCAUUCCAUUCAUUAUAAUGACAAUAUGUGCUUGUAUAAUAGCUUAUCGGCUGUUUUUUUCACUGCGUCAUACAACAGUUCACGUCUCAGUUAAUGGAAAAACACGACGAGGAACACACCGUGCAAAACAAGUAUCCUAUAUGUUAUUAACAUUAAAUUUAGUCUUUGUUAUUUUAUUAACACCUAUUGUUAUCGGUCAAAUAUUUCAAAAACUUAAUGAAGAACAUCGCUAUCGUCUAUACAAUUCAAUAACAUUAUUAAUGUCCUAUUCAAAUCAUGCGUUGAACUUUGUUCUUUACGGUAUUGCAUCACCGCAAUUUCGUUUAACAUUAAAACAAUUGUUAGACCAUGGAAAUGAUUAUACGCCACCUAGACGUCUGCAAACACUUGGCUAUUGUACAUCAACAGCUUGUUAA